CGGGGCUGGCCCGGCGCGGCUCCGUGAGGCGCGGCUCCGUGAGGCGCGGCCGCCCCUUCCCCGCCCCGGCGGGCUCCGCGCGGCGCCAGUGAGCGCCCGGCGGGGCGUGCGCGCCCCUCCUUCCCUCCUUCCCUCCCUCCCUCCCUCUCUCUCUCCGCCCGCCGUGAGGGCGGGAGGGAAGCGGCAGCCCCGAGCGGGAGGCGAGGGAGGCGGCGCGCCGGGAGCCAUGCGGGAGUACAAGGUGGUGGUGCUGGGCUCGGGCGGCGUGGGCAAGUCCGCCCUCACCGUCCAGUUCGUGACGGGCUCCUUCAUCGAGAAGUAUGACCCCACCAUCGAGGACUUCUACCGCAAGGAGAUCGAGGUGGACUCCUCGCCGUCGGUGCUGGAGAUCCUGGACACGGCGGGCACCGAGCAGUUCGCCUCCAUGCGGGACCUCUACAUCAAGAACGGGCAGGGCUUCAUCCUGGUCUACAGCCUGGUGAACCAGCAGAGCUUCCAGGACAUCAAGCCCAUGCGGGACCAGAUCAUCCGGGUGAAGAGGUACGAAAGGGUGCCCAUGAUCCUGGUGGGCAACAAGGUGGACCUGGAGGGCGAGCGGGAGGUCUCCUUCGGGGAGGGCAAAGCCCUGGCCGAGGAGUGGAGCUGCCCCUUCAUGGAGACCUCGGCCAAAAACAAAGCCUCGGUGGACGAGCUCUUCGCGGAGAUCGUCAGGCAGAUGAACUACGCCUCGCAGCCCAACGGGGACGAGCAGUGCUGCUCCUCCUGCGCCAUCCUCUGAGGGCGGCGGCGGGCCGGGGCUGUGUGCGGGGACACGGCGGUGGCGGCCGGCGGGAGAGGCGGCGGGAGCGACUCCGCGCCCCGGCCGGCGCAAGCCGCGGGGCGGGCGCGCUGCCCCCGGCAGCCGCCGAAAACAAACACACACACACACACACACACACACACAGAGCAGAAAAAAAAAAAAAAAAAAGAAAAAUCGAAAAAAAAAAAAAUCGUGUUGGAAAUGUGGCUUUUUUCGGCAUGUACGUUUCGUCCAGUCUUGGUCGUUGCAUAUUUCCUGUCAGUGUCCGCCGCGGGCUGCCGCCCUGCGCCGGCAGCGGGCACGGGGGAGGAAGGCUUCGGCGAGGAGCGGUCCCUGCCCGCCUGGAAGAGCGGGGCGCAGGCGGGAACACCCCCCCGACCCCCCCCCGCCCCGCCGGGACAGGCGUGAGGAGAAACCGCGGCCCCGGUGAGGAGCCCUCCCCCCGCGGCCACGCGUGGAGCGCCCCGCCGCCCGCCCCCAGGAUCUCUAUGCAAAGUUGGGUGGCUGUGCCGGGGCGUCCAGCCUGGAGAAUUGCACAUCUGAACUGGGACUUUUAACUUAAAACACUGAUGCCAAUACAGUGUGGGGUGCCAGAAAGUGUCUGCUGAUGAAUAUCCGUGAAAUAAUUUUCUAUUUUGUUUACCUGCUGUAUCGGAUGGGAGUUCGCAGGAGAGUGGUAGCGUGUUGGGUUUUUCCUGUUUUUUGUUUGUUUUUUUUUUAAAAUCAGCUGUGAAAAUGUUACAAAUCUGCACAAUUUUUUGGGUGUGCGUGUGUGUGUGAUUUCGUUUCUAUUUUAAUUUUUCUUCGGCGGGUGGGAGCGGUGGUGUUUUUGUUCCGAGGGUUUUUCUUUUGGGGUUGGCAAUAACUGAUUUUGAUGACUAGCUCUCUAAAGUGCAAAGACUUCCUAUAUGUGAUGCAGGGCCAACAGCAACCCUGUGUCUGUAGAGUGCCUUCAAAACUCAGCUGUUCCAGCCGGUGCCAACCUGUGAAAGCUCCACAGAAUCCCAUUAUCUACUACUCCAAAAACUACUUAACAGUUUCCUUGCAGUAAUCGUACCGAACAAGCCAGGACAAAAGGGCCUAUUGUUAGUGGAAUUUAUUUCUUAGUUCCAUCUGAGCCUUUUAACUGCUAUUUCCAUGUUUUGCAAGUUCGGGCUUCAUUUACUUCAAAUUUACAAGAAUUUAGCCUCUUGGGAUUUGGGGGGGGGGGGGGGCUUGCCUUUUUUUUUUUUUUUUUUUUUUUUUUUUUUGCUCCCCCCCCCUUUGGUUUUGUUGUGGGGUGUACCUCCAGCCAGCAAAGAAGGAAAUCUUAUCGUUGUGAUGUACCAAGAAAAUUCUAACAACUGUCAUUUUAAUUCCAGACAUGCAUUUAAGAGAUGUCUAUCCAUUUUAAGAAUUUUAAUACAAAUGCUGUUUUUUAGAAAACAACUUUGUGCGCUUUUAUGUAUUACAUGAAACACUAACUUUCACGUAGGCUGUUAAUCCUGAUUUAUAUCUUAAUAGAAGUGAAAGGCGGGGAGGGGGCUCGAUUUAGCUAAGGACAGUGUUUAAAAAAAAAAAAAAAAAAGGACAAACCACAAGAUUGCUAUUUUGCCUAAUAUUUAGUCAUUUUUAAUACAGUUUUUCAUUUGUGUUUAGGUCCUGACCCUAUGUGAUGCCAGCAUGUGAGUGGAACGCUGUAUUCAGUAGGCAGCUUUAGGAAGGUAGUGUGGCUUUAAUGCAAAAGGACUUGUAAGAUUAGGUCCUUAUUCCUUACUGGGAACAGCAUGGUUUAUUGGGGUAAAAUUCUAAAGGUCAAUUAUUUAUAAAAUUUAAGCUUUUAAUCUCAUUGCAUUAUAACUCUUUAAAUUAUACAUCAGACCAGUAUUUCUUUUCUGGUUUGCAGAGGGGUUGGGCUGGGAGGAGAGCUGUACCUUCUGUCAUUUGGAAGAUCUAAGGAGUUUGUUUACCUCCAUUAUCUUCCUCUCUUAGCCCCUUCUUUAAGGAUUAGCACACAAAACUUGCAACUCUUUUUUUUUUUUUUUUUUCCUUUUUUUUCCUUCUCCACCCCAUCCCAAGAAGACUUGAAAUUAUCUUACAACAUGAAAGCAAAAGUUGAGCAAUGAUGUGUAAAGGGGUUUUUAAUCAGGCCAACUGAAAACUAACUGCCAUGACUCCUACCGUGAGUCUGAUAAUUUCUUCUAUUUUAAGUAGGAAAACUUUCUGCUUCAGCACUGGAAGUGUUUAGUAUUAGUUUAAUUCUAUGUAUUGAAAUCCCAGUGAUUGAAAUGAAAAUUAUAAUCUUGUAUUUUAGUUGAAAAUUGGAUGCUUAUUUUAGCAACAUCCAGUAUGUACUGAAAAUUUGGAAAAGAUUGUAUACUUAAGUAUUGAACAUAUCUCCUCUCCUGAGCUCACAUGUAUCCUUCAAAACAGCAAGGACCUGUUCUGAUACAAUCAGUCAGGUUGUAUCAGUCAGACUGAUACAAUCACAGUUAAAAACAAAGAGGGUUGGAGAAGGCAACCCUGGUGAUGGUCCCUCAACGUCUGCUUGGGGCCUUUGUAUAACAGACAAAUUGAUCCAGCCCCCCAUUUCUAAGUGAAAACCAAAAACCUCUUUGCAGGUUAUCUUCCAUAAAUUUCUAAAAAUUAGUUAGAAGCCAGCUCAUCUAGGACUUCCGUAUUAGAAGUAAGGGCUUCUUGUAACAAAAAUACUGCAUUGAAAACUAAGAAAGCUUGACCGCCGCCAUGUUUGCAGUUUAAAAAAGUUCAUGUCUGAAGUUUUUAAAAAAAAUGCCAUAAAUUUACAUCUUGACUAUUGCUAUGGUUCAAUUUUGCCUUAAAAUUCAAUGGGACUAUACAGUUUUUAGCACCCAACAGGCCUUGGUCUAGAUCAGUGUAUUGAAAGCAACUUGUUCUGCUUAAUAAAAGCAGGUAUUUAUUCUGUUCUCCCCAACAGAUAGCAGAUUCUUCAUGUUUUCUAGUGCCUCCUGUUUCCUUACUGCCUGUGUUGUGAUUAAGGAAUGAUGCAAAAAUGGGUGUUUGUAGCACAGAGCGGCACAUAAAGUCCAGUUUUUCUCAGCCUAGCAGAGCAGCUGAAAGCAGCCUAAUAAGUUCUGGAUUAUGCUGGGCUUUCUUGUAGAUACAUUCUGGUUCUUGCCAAAAAGGUGUGUUCGUUAAACAGUGAAGCGUUUAAGAAACCAUGGCAUGGGUCUAAUCAAAGUUUUGAAUGUAUUUAGAUGUUCAAUGUUCUCUAUGACUUCGUGAGGACAGUACAAAAAGUAGAACUCAGUAGUCUGAUCUUCCAAAUACUCUGAAGUGUUUUGGUGCUUGUUACACAUAGGCCUUGUCUAUAAAGUAGGAAAAAGUCAUACUGCUUUAACUUGACUGAAUAAUGAAAGCUAUAUUAGCUUCUACACUUGAGGAAAAUGUUGUAUCAAUAUAAAGGUACUCUUUUAUUCCUUUUCCCUGUGGGAAUAUGUUAUACCCGUGUCAAUACAAAGGUGGUAUAUAGCUCUUUUCACAGUGAGAAUUGCAAAUAUUUAAUUGAUUUGGAAGAAAAAUUACAUUCCCGGCCAAAAUACUUCCUAACAAUGCAGAAAUUGUGUAAACAAGGCCUUACUUUAAGGCUGGUCUUAUGGCCACAUAUUUUGCUGUACAUAAUGAUUGUAUUUUUAAAAAAUCCAAGCUUGUUCUAUUGCAAGAAAGCGUGUUGUUGAAAUCCUAGUCUCUGUGAUUGUAACCGUGCAGUAUUCUCGACCUCAUUUUCAAUACAAGUGUGGUUCUUCUCAACAUGAUGCUCAGGCUUUAUUGAUGCUUACGUUUCUGGAGAUGAUGUUGAAUUCUGUGGCUAUGGGAUUCCUGACGGUUAUGCUUCUCUCAAAAGAAUGUAUGGCAAGUUUUUUGCAAAGGGCAUUUUAAAUAAAGGGCAGCUGGCUCUUUAUGA